CAAAAAUGACAAACAUUUGUGACAUUUGACAAGUUGACAAGCGCACAGCUCGUUCUGCCGGGGAAUUGUAAUGAAACGUGAAGUUGUGCAGUUGUGAGCCGUUUUGUUGGUGCAUUUUUGUUCCACUUUUCCAUUUUCUGACUAUAUGAUUACUUUUGUAUCUCAUAUCUCUUUUCAAAUGGUAUUAUAAUUAUAUAGCAGCAAGUUUAUAUGUAAAAAUCAUGGAGGUUGUUCGAAAGAAUUUUAAAGAGGCGAUGCCUUUAAUAGAAGAGUCGAUAAAUAAAGCUGACUUUUUCUCAAUUGAUACAGAGUUUACAGGGCUCAUAAACGGGCGAGAUGUAUCUAUGUUUGAUACGCCUGGGGACUAUUAUACUCGUUUGUUGAGUGGCUCUGCUGAGUUUAUGCUGAUACAGUUUGGGCUGUGUGCAUUUUAUUGGGAUAAAGAAAAGAAGCAGUACAUGAAUGACGCGUACAAUUUCUUUCUAUUCCCGCGCGCGCGUCCUGGGCCAGACAGAAUGUUUCUGUGCCAAAGUUCCAGCUUGGAUUUCUUGGCGGCAAAUGGAUUUGACUUCAACAAGCUGAUACGAGAAGGCAUCUCAUACUUACCUGAACCAGUAGAAACAAGGCUCAGAGAAACUUUACAGGAAAGACAAUCAACAUACUCUCGGGAGAAAGAUUCUAUAAGGAUACCUGAAGAAAACAAACCGCAUGUAGAAGAAGUAUGUAAGAGAGUGGCAACAUUCAUUAAAGAAAGCAAAGAGGAUGAAAUGGAGAUUGACAAAUGCAAUGCCUUUGUAAGACUGCUGCUGUUUCAAGAGCUGCGAAACAGAUUCAAGGAUGACAUUAUAGUUGAUACUAAGGUUUUAGAAAAUAAGACCAGAGUGUUAAAAGUGAUACGAAGAACAGAAGAUAUGGGAGACCCAGAGGCUAUUAGGAAACAGCGGGAGUGGGAUGACCUUGAAGAGGCUGUGGGCUUUUCCAAAGUGGCACGGAUGAUCAGCGCUUCUAGGAAGUUGGUAGUCGGUCACAACAUGUUGCUGGACAUCCUGCACACUCUCGGACAUUUCUUCCAGCAGCCACCUUAUGAUUACGCAUUAUUCAAGGAGUUCGUAACCUGCAUGUUUCCCAAGUUAUUAGACACGAAAUACAUGUCGAGCUCACCGCCGUUUAAAGACAAGCUUUCGUCAAGUGUGCUCAAUGAACUCUUAACGAGUUUAAGCCAAAAGCCUUUCUCACUACCAAAAGUCGGGUCUCUGGAGGGUCGCGGCUACAGCCAGCUGGACGACAAGCAGCACGAGGCGGGCUACGACGCGUACAUGACGGGGCUGUGCUUCCUGGCCAUGCUGGCGCACCGCCGCGGCCGGCACGCGCGCUGCGACGACUCGCUGCCCGCCCUGCAGCCCUACCUCAACAAGCUGUUCCUAGCCAAGACUGCCCGACAAGACAGCCCUUAUAUCAACCUUGUUGGUGAUGACCCUACACCACCUCGAGACCACGUUUUCCACAUGAUUUUCCCUAAAGAUUGGCAGAGGAGUGACAUCAACCAACUGUUCAGUCCUUUUGGUGCGAUAACAGUGCAAUUCAUCGACGAAAUAUCCGCGUUCGUUGCGUUGGACCGCCGCGAUCAAGCCGCUGACGUGUUACGCGUACUCGCCGGCAACACGCGCGUCCAACUCACUCCCUUCGAGAAACACAGAAGAUGCAGCAGCAGUGAGAGCGAGAUGGCGCCUCAACGGAGCGACUGGCCCAAAGCGGAUACGUAUAAACUAAUGAAAACGACGUCUGAUGCGAAGUCACGGCAAGUUGUGAACAACCGUCCCGUUGUGAGCAACUUACCCGCGGCGCCGCAGCUGCCGCAGAAAGUGAGUCGCGUGAGCAGCGCCCCCGUCACCCCUCCCCCAGCGCCCGGCGUCGCCAAGAAGAGGUCGUCGUCGGGAGUGUUUGAAGUUGAUGAAUUAGAACCUGUAGCAAAGAAGAUUGAUGUGAAAACCCCACAAAAGCAGUCUAAAGUCGUAAACGGAGGUCAGCAGGAGGCCUCGAGCAAAAGUAAACACAAUAAAACUGACAAAAAAUCUCAAAGUGACGACAAAACUAAACCUAAGGACGAAAAAAUUAAAAUAGUCGAAAAGUUCGAUAGCGAAGCUAAGUCGAACUGCGUGUCCGCUUUCAAGGAAAGCGAUUUGUGGGACUGAUAGAUUAAAUAUAAGUUGAUGGUCUA